AUGAAUGACGGCGCACCUGUUGCUUCUCAUUUCUCAGAGGAUCAAGGCAUUACAGUGCGCAGUGACAUUCUUGAUCUUGGGAUAGAGGCUACAGUUGACGAUGUUGAAGUGACCAGUGUGAUUUUUACUAUCCGAAACAUUGCUUCUUCAGCCUUUGGAGAGCAAGGUUCGGCUGAUUGGGAUCUCGGAGUAUUUUGGAGACCACCUGAUGACUGGGGUGUAACUAUUCAAGUCACAGCCACCCCAUACAAGGGCAAUGUGGCUGGUACUCCUCUGGUCGUCCUCAUCACAGUCUACCCACCUUCGGCCUCUCCUUCAUCUGUGCCUUCGGCCGUGCCUUCAGACGUCCCAUCAUUUGGACCCUCCAACUACCCAUCAAUUGGACCCUCAGACGUCCCAUCAACUUCACCUUCGGUUGUACCUUCAGUUCCACCCUCCUCGGUGCCUUCCAUUGUGCCUUCAGGCCAGCCGUCCCUGUUUCCUUCGUCAGUGGCUCCAUCCUUCGCACCCUCAGGCGCCUUCACAAUCCUAAACGUGUAUGUGCACGAGGCCCUCGUUGGCGGGGAAAGAGUGGGGAAUUUCGCCCAGUUCUCUGCAGAGGGUAGGUUUGUAACUUCUGCGUCAUAUCUUGCUCUUUCGGCAGAUGUUGCUGCGGAUGCAUCAGUGACCAAGGUGUUAUUUGAAAUCAGUGGAAGAGGAACUGCUGAAGUCACCGAUGAUAGUAUAUUCGACGAUACAUUGUGGAAUUAUGGUCUGUUUUGGUCUAGUGAUGAGGGCGGUUCCACGUUUGAUGUCAAGGUGACUCCUUUCAGGGGUGAAGUGCGUGGGGCGCAUCUUGAAGUGCAGAUCAUUGUGGAUUAUUCCCCUGCACCCUCACAAGCUACGAUGGUGCCUUCUGUUCCACCGUCCUCGGUGCCUUCAGAUGUCCCAUCCUUUGGACCCUCAGACACCCCAUCAACUUCACCUUCAACACUCCCAUCCUCGGUGCCGUCCACUGCGCCUUCAGAAACACCUUCGACACCCCCAUCCACAAUCCCGUCCCUUCUGCCUUCAACACCCCCAUCCUCUGUCCCAUCCUUUGUGCCUUCCGCUUCUUCGUCAGUGCCUUCAAGUAUGCCUUCAAACCCCCCCGUCUCGCGUCAUUCAACGCCGCCGUCCUAUGCACCAUCCGCUUCACCUUCUAGAGCUUUUACGAUCGAGUCUCUUACUUUGUACACCGAUGGGGACCAUAUGAGCCCUCUCGGCCCUUCUUUCCAACGGGUGGCUCAAACGCGCUUUGUUCCCAGUGGCACUGAAAUUGUUGGCAUCUUUGCCACUGUUAAUGACGGCUCAUUGGGCACUGUGCGUUUCAAAAUCGAGGAUGUGACUAGCACCACUGAGUUUCGUUCAAGCUCCAACAUCAACAUUUGGGACCUCGGAGAUAGUAUCUGGGAUGGGGAGGAUGAACCUGUGGUAGUGUCUGUCACAGCCACCCCAAUCUACCAUGAUAAUACUGAAGGCACUUCCCUAACAGUGUAUAUCACCCUAAAGCCCCCACCUAUCGUCGACAGUUUCACUCUAUAUUAUGGGGGUCAAACUCUCAACCAAGUCAUUACAGGUAACACAAUCGUCCUUCCCUCUUCUGCGAUUGGGGUGUGGGCUGAUGUUAUUGGUGGCCAACCAGGCCUGGUGGAGUUCGAACUGGUUGGAGGUCGCUAUGAUGGUUCUCUCACACUGGACAGCCCUAACAUUUUCAACAAUUGGGACUAUGGGCGUUUUUUGGAUGGUACUGAAGUCCCUGGUACACAAAUUAGUAUCACAGCCACCCCCUACGUGAAUACAACCUCCACCCACCGCGUGAAUUGGGUGACAGGGAGAAGUCUUUCAGUGUUCAUCACAGUGGGUGAUGCUCCAACUAAUCCUCCUCCUUCGACUGACCCUCCUCCAACUAUUGAUCCUCCGUAG